AUGUCUCGUCCUCAGAUCAGUAUCGACCGGCUGACGCCCCGCCGUGUCAAUGCCGAGCCUCGUGAGUCGAUGAACUGCAAGUCGUGCCGUAAGAGAAAGAUCAAGUGUAAUCGCCUACGCCCCAGCUGCGAAGCCUGCAAGGUCUUCCAAAGCCCGUAUGCCAUUCCCAAGAAACGCGGCCCCAAGACCGAUGUCCUGGAGGCCCUGCUCAAACGGGUCGACGGACUCGAGAAACGUCUGCAGGACGACAGUCAUCCGCUGUCGCCUGAGUCCUCGUCGUCUCCUGUCAGAGCUUUGGAGCCAUCGUCCACCAACUUUGCGGCUCCCCCCCCUCCCCGGGGCUUUGCGCCCCCGACUCUCCAGUCCCAGCCCCAGUCCCAGCCUCCUUCUCAACAUCACAGCCGACUCCCAGAUGCCAUGCUCGAUGCCUACUUUGCUCGUCUGCAUGGCAAGCCGUACUAUAUCCUGGAUGAGGCGUCCACGCGCCAGCGUCACCAACUUGGCCACCUACCCGCCGCUCUGUCCAUGGCCAUCUAUGCGUUGACAUCGAAAUACACCAACCCGACUUCCCCUCUGCCGAGUCUGGACUACGCCCGCCAGGCCAGACGUAUGAUCGAUGUGGACAACCCCUCCAUCGAUAGUCUGCAGACCCUAUUGAUGCUUUCCCAGGCCUUCUUCGCCCACGGCUGUGGGAAGAAGGCCUACAUGACGCUAGCAAACGCCGUGGCCAUGGUCGUCACCCUCGACCUGUACCGGGAAGUGCCCGCUCCAACGGCCCUAUCCGCAGCGGACCGCGAAACGCGACGCCGUCUGUUCUGGACCGUGUACAUCAUGGACCGCUUCCUAGCGGCAGGCUCCCAGCGGCCCUGUCUGAUCGCCGACCCCUCCAUCGUGCUGCGUCUGCCGUCCGUCGGAUCCGAGGUCGGCGAGCUGUUCGACCCCGCCGGCCCCAACAUCCAGUACGUCCCAGACAGACGCAAAGGGCCCGGGCCGGCGGCCUUGCUGGCAGACAUCACGCGCAUCCUCGGCGUCACCCACCGCUAUCUAGCGGCCGGCGGCGUCAAAGGCGACUCCCACUUCCCGUGGCACGCGCUGUCCAACCUCUCCAAGAUCCGCCAGGAGCUGGACCUCUGGGCCGCAGGCACACAGGACCUUUUCGCCUCCAUCGAGGCCCUCUUCGGCCACGCAGAGAGCACCACCCUGCUGCUCAGCAAGCUCAUCUACCACGUCGUACACUGCCUGCUGUACCGACCCUUCCUCCCCAUCGACCUCGCCGAGCUCCGCGGCACAGGCCAGCACCAGUCGUGGCAGAUCGAAGCCACAACGCUGUGCUUCUCGCACGCCAACGCCAUCGCCGAGCUCGUCGAGCUCGCCCGCCACGCGCCCCGCAUCGAGUGGCCCUCUCUCAUCGCCUACUGCGUCUGCACGGCCGGCACCGUCCACGUCCACGGCGUGCACUACCACGGCCGCGAGGGCGAGGUGUUUGCGUCGAGUGCGGACUUCCUCGCCCGCGAAAUGCACCAGCUGGCCUGGUUGCGCCAGUCUUGGGCGGGUGUCCAGCAUCAUCGGGAGAUGCUGCAGGCUAUUUCGUCCGUGCAUGCGGAUUUGGUAAGGGCGCUGGCUGCGCGGCCGAUUCGCUUUGCGCCGGUUUUCCAUCUCGAGGACUUUUUGGAUCGGUAUCCGGGGUUGGUGGUGGAGAGUGGGCAUGUGCGGUUGGUGGAUGUUGAUGAGUUCACCCCCUUCUCCCGCCCCGACCUCCAAGAUCACCGCCCCUACGGAAUCCCCCCCGCAACACCAAUCCUCCCCUCCCAAGGCCGCUCAAACUCAAUCAGCGGCCCUCACCACCACCACCACCCCACAGCCGCAGACCUAGGCCUGGACCCCAGCAGCUCAGGACUAGGCUUCUCCUCCUCAUCCGGCAGCAGCACGCCCCCAACAACAACAACAUUCCUCUCCGAGGCGCCCACCCCACCCAACCAAUCCCACUACGCGACCUUCCCAUUCGACGCCUCCAUCGCGGGGGCGCACGCGCUGACGCCUGGGGGCCAGUCCCAGGGGAGCACGACUGGGAGUGGGACUGGUACGGCGGGGGGUGAUGCGGGGUCGGAGAAGGACCCGUUUUUGAGCUUGCUGGAGCAGUUGGCGGAGAAUGAGCACUCGCAGGGGGGGCCUAGCGAGUUGGACUUUUUUCUGGGAGGGGAGUUGGAGAGGAGGGAAGAUGCUUAAAGGCCUCUCUCUAUCUAGUUGGUGGUUUUGUUGAUGGUUUUGUUGAUGUUGGUUGAUGUUGUUGGUUGAUGUUUUGAUGAUACCCUAUACCCUUACCUUUUUGCCCUUCCCGCCCUUAUCCUUACCCUGUGUCUUGCCAUGAAUACCCAUUGUUUGGAAAAGUCGUCGUCCUUUUUUUAUUUCUCUCUUCACUCUCACUCAC